AUGCCAGCAAAUGCGCGGGUCACACUUUGCUACGGACCUUAUGAAUCCAGCGGAGUAAUACAACACAGGACCUUCCGCCUCCAGGGUCUCCAGGCCGCUCUGAGAGCGCGCGGGCACCUGUGCGUUUUGGAAGAAACACUCGAGUGGAAUAUUGUGGAGCUCGUGGUCAGCGGGGAGGUCGUUUUCACCUGUAACAUAAAGGAUCUGGAGUUUGGCGGAGAUGGAAAACUGGAUCCUGUUUGCAGAGAAGCUGUUGCUGCAGUGGAGAGUGCUUACUGA